CUGUUUUCAAAAAUCAUGCGGAAGAGUUUAGUUGAUAAAUAUUUAAUUAAGCCAGUCUUUAGCAUGUGAUUCUAACAUAAUUUACCUUUUUAGACUUUUGUUCUUACUUUUUAAGUUUUUAACCGCAAUAUUCUCUUCUUUCCAUUUGAUGUAAACUUAGCGACUCGUCUGGCUGUCUCCCAAUCUUACUAGACAACUAUUUAAAAAGAAAGUGAUCAAAUAAAUUGUGAAAGUUCUUGGGUAUUUCAGUAUAGGAUAUAGAAUCCAGGUAAUUUUUACAUUUCAUAUUGGAUUUAGAUAUUUAUAGUUUAGGUUUAGGACAGUUCGAAUUUUUGUAAUUUUCAUAAAGUUACAUAGUUCUUAAAAAAAACAAAUGAUCAAACCGAAAAUUCAUAAUUUAUAAUCUUAGAUCAUGAAACAAACCUAAAAACAUCCAUGCAUUACUACUCCUGAAUCUUUUUACUCGAACACAAACAAAAAAGAUGUUUGAAGAUGAACACAUGCAAUUUCAUCGCCCUCGUCGUGGAUGGAGAUGAUGAGCUGAAGAAAGUAGGCUUUUGUAAUAUCUAUUUGAAUGAUAUCUUUUGGAUUGGCUUUCGAAACUGAUAUCAUAAAUAUCAGAAAUUUUAACCGAAUGUACGAGUUUCGCUACAAGGAAGGAAGGAUGAGUAGGUUUAUGUUAAGGUAUAUGUAUGUUUGGAUGAUUCGAGUAGUGUUUUAAAUUUUCAAUAUAUACGGGGUUGGUAUCUAAUUUUUUUCAAUACAAAAUUCGAUAAGAUAUUUUGCUACUUUGGUUUAGAUUUUGGUCGUUUAGUUUUUGGUCGGAGAUUUUGGGUCGGGUUCAGGUUUAGAUUCGGGUAGCAGUUAAAAUACCCUAGAUUACUAUUAUUAAGAAUCAGAAGUCAGGUCCAAAUAGUCCAAAUAAGAAAAGACGAAUUAAGUACAUAUCAUACGAUCUUCCGCACCGUAUGUGAUCACCACCUAUCCUCGUAUACACAUCGAUUUGUUGAUAUCGUGAGAAAAGAGGGAUCAAAUCAAUCAGUUGUUAUAAUUAAUUAAUUAUUCUCCUGAGAUUCAUUGCUGUUGACUCGUUUAUCUCUUCAAUUCCCCCCCCCCCCCCCCUCCCCGAGAUUCAUUACUUUUAAGUUUUUAACCGCAAUAUUCUCUUCUUUCCAUUUGAUGUAAACUUAGCGACUCGCCUGGCUGUCUCCCAAUCUUACUAGACAACUAUUUAAAAAGAAAGUGAUCAAAUCAAUUGUGAAAGCUUUUUGGUAUUUCAGUAUAGGAUAUAGAAUCCGGGUAAUUUUUACACUUCAUAUUGGAUUUAGAUAUUUAUAGUUCAGGUUUAGGACAGUUCAAAUUUUUGUAAUUUUCAUAAAGUUACAUAUUUCUUAAAAAAACAAAUGAUCAAACCGAAAAUUCAUAAUUUAUAAUCUUAGAUCAUGAAACAAACCUAAAAACAUCCAUGCAUUACUACUCCUGAAUCUUUGUACUCGAACACAAACAAAAAAGAUGUUUGAAGAUGAAUAACAUACAAUUUCAUCAUCCUCGUCUUGGAUGGAGAUAAUGAGCUGAAGAAAGUAGGCUUUUGUAGUAUCUAUUUGAAUGAUAUCUUUUGGAUUGGCUUUCGAAACUGACAUCAUAAAUAUCAGAAAUUUUAACCGAAUGUACGAGUUUCGCUACAAGGAAGAGAGGAUGAGUAGGUUUAUGUUAAGGUAUAUGUAGUUUGGAUGAUUUGGGUAGUGUUUUGAAUUUUUGAUAUAUACGGGUUUGGGUAUCUAAAUUUUUUGAAUAUGAAAUUCAAUCGGAUAUUUUGCUACUUUGGUUUAGUUUUGAUUCAGGUUUGGACUCGGAUAUAGAUUAAAAUGCCCUAGAUUAUAUUAUUAAGAAUCAGAAGUCAGGCCCAAUUAGCCCAAAUAAGAAAAGAGGCAUUAAGUAUAAAUCAUACACUCUUCGGCACCGCAGGUGAUGUGAUCACACAUAUCCUAGUAUUGAUUUGUUGACUCGUUUAUCUCUUCAUCUCCUCCUCCCCGCGUAAACUCUACCUCUGUCUGUAAACCCUAAUUCGCUCCGUUCAUUCGUCUCCUCCUCUAAGCAUUGUUCUCAGAGCUUAUUGAGUUUCUUUUUGAACAGGUUUAAGAAUGAAUAGCCAGCCAUCAUCCAGUGGAUAUCCGCAUACAAGAGUUGAUAAAGAGACAGGAAUGAAAGUUGCAGAAAAUGGUGGGAAAGCUGGAAGUGUGGACACCCCUUCUCGUGAUCCGUUCGUGUACCUCACAACUUGUAAGAUCGGGCAUCAUGUCGAAGUUCAGCUGAAAAAUGGGUCGGUUUACAGUGGAAUCUUUCAUGCUGCUGAUGUGGAGAACAAUUUUGGAAUUAUUUUGAAAAUGGCAAGCUUGAUAAGGGAAGGCAGUGUACGAGGGAUGAAACCCCGAGCUCCUCUUGUCAGCAAGCCACCUUCAAAAGUAUUCAUUAUCCCUGCUGACGAAGUUGUGCAAGUUAUAGCUAAGGACCUUCCUGUGUACAGCAAUAACGUCUCAGAAUGCGAGAAACCGUCAGAGCUGUUGACAGACUCUUCAAUCUCACAGUCUUAUCAUGUUGAUUCGGAAAGAGAGCUGCAACGUUGGGUACCUGACGAAGAUGUUCCAGAUUGUCCUGAUCUGGAAAACGUGUUUGAUGACCCUUGGAAGAGGGGCUGGAAUCAGUUUGAGGUCAAUGAGACAUUGUUUGGAGUGACGAGCACUUUUGACGAGGAACUGUACACCACAAAACUCGAGAGGGGUCCUCGUACGAGGGAGCUAGAAGAGCAGGCCUUGAGGAUUGCUGGAGAGAUCGAGGGUGAGAAUACCCGAGAUCUCCACGUAGCAGAGGAGAGAGGGCUUCAGCUUAGUGGGAAGUUUGAUAUUGACGAGGAAACUAAAUACUCAUCGGUCUGUCCAGCUAAUGGAUUUGAUGAUUCGGGUUAUGACGAGGAAGAAGAAAUUCUGUUGGAUUGCCGUAAUAAUUUGACGUUUGGUGAUUCAACAACUGGUUCUAAUGGCAUCAAAUCUGCUUCAGCUGGCAAAGAUAUUCCUAUUCCAAGUCCAGGCAGCAAUAUCAGGAAUGAGAGCCAGCUUGCGGAGCAGAGAAACGGCAAAAUUCUAGAGUCAAAGCCGUCCGAGGAAUCAGUGUCUGGUCUUGAUGAUACUAAGGCAGACGCAGCAGCCUCUGAUCCUGCGAGUGUACAAUGGAGAGCUUCUGAUAAGCAAAGUUCCACUGAUGGAAAACUUGCCGGUCCACUGACUGACAGAGGGAAAUCUGAGUGGCCUGGAACCUCCAUUUCUAGAAAUCCAGAAAACUCUGCAGCUUCCUCAACCUCAAGUCUUCCAAUGCUAUCCCCAAGCUCUUCAAUUGGGUCUUAUUCUUCAGAAAAGUCCACACUCAACCCAAAUGCUAAGGAAUUUAAGCUUAACCCCAACGCAAAGAGUUUCAAACCAUCUCCAACAGCUACACGGCCUCAGUCUCCAGUUCCGGAAGGAUCAUUCUAUUACCCUCCCCUUCCACAGAUGACCGGAAUACACAUUGGAUAUGGAAUGGGAGCAGCAUUCCCUGGACAACAACCAAUGGUGUAUCAUAAUACAAUGCAGCCUGGUCCAAACCAAACAUUUUAUCCUCCAAAUGGUCCACAGUACCACCCACAACAAAUAAUGGUUGGUCAGCAGAGACCGGUUCUGUUCAUGCCGCCGUCCCCAUACCAACCGGAGACACCAUAUAAAGGAAGAGACUCUUAUUAGCUUUUGACCAAACUAUGAAUGGUGGUGGCACAAAGGUUUCGAAUAAUCUUCUGAUGGAAUGGGUUUUCCAGCACCGAAUCUUUAAUUUGUUUUAAUAUGAUAAAUUGUUUGAUGGUCCAUGGGAGAUAUAUUGAACACAUGUGAUAUUGAUAUAGUUUGUUUAGGACUAGAUUUAGAUUUAGAUUCGGUUUUAUCUCACUUCUUUAUUCACUUGGGUCUCUGCUUAAACUAUAAUUUAUAGAUGUAUGACAUAAGUUGGAGUCUUUUUAUAUUUAAAAAAGAAAUAGGUUAGCAAAAAUGUUUUUUCCUCUUGUAUACUACCUUUUCCUAAUCAACGGUUGUAUUUCAAUCUUC